AAUGUGUUUACGCUCUACUCCGAAGGUCUUCAUCACUAAUGCAGUGAAACACUUAGUGGACUACAAGCCGUGGCUUCACGAGUACAGUUCACGACAGCGUUAGCAUUUUUCGGGGCAAGAUCAUGGCGGCUACGGUGGAGGUGAGCUUGAGCAGCGGCAGUAGUGAUACCUCUAGCACUGGCGAGGAAGAGCGGAUGAAGCGGUUGUUUCAGACUUGUGACGGAGACGGAGAUGGUUACAUUAGUAGAAAUGACCUCCUGAUGGUGUGUAGACAGUUGAACAUGGAGGAGUCUGUUGCUGAGAUCAUGGGCCAGUUUGGAGUGGACGAGUGUGGGAAAAUCUCCUUUAAGGACUUCACUCGCUGCCGUAUGCAGCUGGUGAAUGAGAUUCGGCUGGAGGAGGGUCAGCUCUCACUUGUGACUGGACUCUCUGAGAAAGGGAAGGUCCAGGAGCAUGAUGCCUCUUGGCUUACCAGUGCGGAGAAUAUUUUGGGUAAGCACAGACUGCAAAAGUCCAAAGAGAACAGUCACGAUGACUCAGGGCCAACAGAACUGCUAAGCCCAGAUCCACAGCAGCAGUCAGGUAUCCUACAGAAGCUUCUAGAACAGCCAGGCAAUGUCCUGGAGUCAUCGUCCAUGCUCCACAAGCUCGUCACGCAGCCCCCCUCACGAUCCGGAAGCUGCCUGGAACUGGCCAACACGCUGCACCUGGCUGUGUUGGCGUCUCUGAAGGGUGACGUGGUUGAGCUGAACAAACGACUGCUGCAGAGUGAGAGGGAGAGAGACACACUGGAGAAAAAACUGGCCAAGGCUCAGUGCGAGCAGUCUGAUCUCCUGCGGGAGCAUGAGGAGGUGCAGGAGAGGACCACGCUGCGCUAUGAGGAGAGGAUCACGGAGCUCCACAGCAUCAUUGCUGAGCUGAAUAAGAAGAUCGACCUUCUCCAGGGCACAACCAUAAGGGAGGAGGAUGAGUUUUCAGAGUUGCGCUCUGAGCUGAGUCACAGUCAGCAUGAGGGUAACGAUGAUGACGAACCCAGCGCAGACCAGGACCAGACAUCGGUUUCUCUCCCUGAUAACCAGUCCACCCUAGCCGCCGCGGACAUGAAUAACUGCAGUGAUCUGAACUCGGAGCUGCAGCGUGUGCUGACUGGUCUGGAGAGUGUGGUGUGUGGACGCAAGAAAAGCACGUGUGGCCUGUCUGUGGCCGAGGUGGACCGACACAUUGAACAACUGACCACGGCCAGUAAACACUGUGACCUGGCCAUUAAGACAGUGGAGGAGAUAGAAGGCGCUCUGGGACAUGAUUUCUACCCCAGUAUUUGUGAGGAGCGGGUGCGAUGGGAGAAGGAGCUGGCAGGCCUGCGGGAGGAGAAUGAGAGUCUUACAGCCAUGCUGUGUAGUAAAGAGGAGGAUCUCAGCCGAAACAAAGCCACUAUGCAUGCCAUCCGAGAGGAACGUGACCGCCUUCGCAGACGGGUGAGGGAGCUGCAGACUCGUCUCCAGAUCGUCCAGCCAGGGGGCCAGUCCAGUCCCGGACGGCUCCCCCUUGCCAGCCGCCCCGUCAACCCCAGCACCGGGGAGCUCAGCACCAGCAGCAGUAGCAACGACAUCCCUGUUGCUAAGGUGGCGGAGCGGGUGAAGCUGUCUAAGACACGGUCAGAGUUGUCUUCCACUGACAGGGCCGUGCUGGGCUCUGAGAUCAGCAGCAUCGGGGUGUCGAGUAACGUAGCAGAGCACUUAGCCCAUUCCCUGCAGGACUGCUCCAACAUCCAGGAAAUCUUCCAGACACUUUACUCUCAUGGCUCUGCCAUCUCAGAAAAUAAAAUCCGUGAAUUUGAGGUGGAGACGGAGCGCCUUAACAGUCGCAUAGAGCACCUGAAGUCUCAGAAUGAUCUGCUGACUAUUACGCUGGAGGAGUGUAAGAGUAAUGCAGAGAGAAUGAGUAUGCUGGUGGGUAAAUAUGAGUCCAACACCACCGCUCUCCGGCUCGCUCUGCAGUACAGUGAACAGUGUAUUGAAGCAUAUGAGCUGUUACUGGCACUAGCAGAGAGUGAACAGGGUCUGGUCCUGGGUCAGUUCAAGGCAGCUGGAGUGAGCACUUUGGGAGACCAGGUGAGUGAGGAGAGCAUCACGCAGGUGCUGAAGCGAGCUCAUGACUGCAGGAAGACGGCGGAGAACGCUGCCAAAGACCUGCUGAACCGACUGGACGGAAGCUGUGGGGCUGCGUUCACUGUCAGUGGCUGCAGCGUCCAGCCCUGGGAGAGCCUGUCCUCUAACAGUCACACCAGUACCACCAGCUCUACAGCCAGUAGCUGUGACACAGACUUCUCUAAGGAGGAUGAGCAGCGUUUGAAGGACUACAUCCAGCAGCUGAAGAACGACCGUGCUGCAGUCAAAUUGACCAUGCUUGAGCUGGAGAGCUUUCACAUCGACCCACUCAACUACGAUGUGAAACCACAUGGAGACUCUCAGAGACUGGACCUGGAGAACGCUGUGCUCAUGCAAGAGCUCAUGGCCAUGAAGGAGGAGAUGGCUGAGUUAAAGGCCCAGCUGUAUUUGCUAGAGAAGGAGAAAAAGGCUCUGGAGCUCAAACUGAGCACACGUGAGGCCCAGGAGCAGGCCUAUCUGGUGCACAUCGAGCAUCUGAAGUCUGAGGUGGAGGAACAUCAGGAACAGAGACGCAAAUCACUGGGAUCAACUGGGAGCAGUGCUGGGGGCAAGGAGAGGCAGGACUGUGGAGAUUCUCCUGCCGUCAGCCUCUCUGACCUGAGAACAGUCAGCGACAGCGACUUGGCCGCUGAGCUGACCAGCGCCCUCAGGAGGGAGAAGAAGCUGAAGGGGCGGGUUCAGGACCUGGUGGCUGCUUUGGAGAGACUGACGAAGAGCAGUGAGGUGCGCCAUCAGCAGUCAGCAGAGUUCGUCAACGACCUCAAACGAGCUAACAGUAAUCUGGUGGCUGCGUAUGAGAAGGCAAAGAAGAAGCACCAGAAUAAACUAAAGAAGCUGGAGUCUCAGAUGAUGGCCAUGGUGGAGAGACAUGACACACAGGUCCGCAUGCUCAAACAACGGAUUGCUCUGCUAGAGGAGGAGACGUCAAGGCCACACACCAACGAAACCUCGCUCUGACACACACUCCCCACCGACUGCCCCACCCCAGCACACCCCAGACUCCCCCAUCCCAUCAGACCGUAGUCUGAAACAUACAGACCAAUUAACCAUUCACCAGAGCAUUCUUCCCCAGUAUGUCACAGAUGGUCCUGGUGGAAAAUCACAGUGGAAUGGUUAUGCUGUGAUUCCUCAUAUUAUAUAACCCUGGUGUCAUGAACCCUUUCACCUCACGGCCUGUCGCAGCAUGUUCUAACAAGAAGGUUCAUGUCAAAGGCUGUUAUGAGAGCUGGUGCCAUCAGCAUUUCGUCUGGAGUCUUGUUUGACGGCGGGAAAUAUUACUCAAACAUACUGCAUAUUUACAUUAUCCUACACUAGUGCUGGUCAAAACUUCUGGUCCUUUUUUGAGUGCACUAUACGAAAAAAACUUUGCUCACAUUUAUAUGUGUUCCAUCUUUUUCAGUAUUCCAAACA